AUGCAAUAUGAACUCUUUCCUAAUGACAAUACUGGUAUUAGCUUCGUUUCAAACAAUAUCGAUAGUAACACUGUUGGUAGUAGUAUUGUUUCAAGUAAUGUUGGUAGUAGUAUUGUUCCAAGUAAUGUUGGUAGUAGUAUUGUUUCAAGUAAUGUUGGUAGUAGUAUUGUUCCAAGUAAUGUUGGUAGUAGUAUUGUUCCAAGUAAUGUUGGUAGUAGUAUUGUUCCAAGUAAUGUUGGUAGUAGUAUUGUUCCAAGUAAUGUUGGUAGUAGUAUUGUUUCAAGUAAUGUUAGUAGUAUUGUUCCAAGUAAUGUUGGUAGUAGUAUUGUUCCAAGUAAUGUUGGUAGUAGUAUUGUUCCAAGAAAUGUUGGUAGUAGUAUUGUUUCAAGUAAUGUUGGUAGUAGUAUUGUUCCAAGUAAUGUUGGUAGUAGUAUUGUUCCAUGUAAUGUUGGUAGUAGUAUAGUUUCAAGUAAUGUUGGUAGUAGUAUUGUUCCAAGUAAUGUUGGUAGUAGUAUUGUUUCAAGUAAUGUUGGUAGUAGUAUUGUUCCAAGUAAUGUUGGUAGUAGUAUUGUUCCAAGUAAUGUUGGUAGUAGUAUUGUUUCAUGUAAUGUUGGUAGUAGUAUUGUUUCAAGUAAUGUUGGUAGUAGUAUUGUUCCAAGUAAUGUUGGUAGUAGUAUUGUUUCAAGUAAUGUUGGUAGUAGUAUUGUUUCAAGUAAUGUUGGUAGUAGUAUUGUUUCAAGUAAUGUUGGUAGUAGUAUUGUUCCAAGUAAUAUUGUAAAUAACAUCAAGCAAUAUUUUCAAGCACUUUUGUGCAAUAUUAACCGACAAAUAAUGAUAAAAUAG